AUGUCUCGAAAGGAGAACCAGAAGGCUUCCCCGGUGCUACCCAAGCAAAACAAGGAUAAGGAUAAAGUACCAAGCCCCACCAAAACCAACCAGAUCCAAGGUUUUAAGGCUGGGAAAGGAAAUUCUACUCAAGGUGCUGUCUCCCCUGCUGGGACACACAAGCUAGGAGCUCCUGUCUCUUCUUCUUCUGCUUCAGGAAAAGUUGGAAUGGGGAAAGGAGUUGCUGCAGAAGCAAAAUCUGGCCACCAGCCAAAAAUGAAGCAAGGGGCAGAUAGGAAGGAGGAUAAGCAAUCCACCAAGGAAGGAGUGAAGAAUCAUACCAUUGAGGAAACAGUCCCUAGGAAGAUUGAUUUCAGUCCACCGAGGAAAGAGAAAGUCAACAGGCCAGAAGAUGCCAUUGAAUUGAAGGAGUCUGCUUCAGGAAGGAUUCCAGAGAUUCAAAAGACGGCACUAGCUGUCGACAAAGGAGAGUCCUGA